CAAUCAAUUAGUUUCUAAACUGUAUACAUAAAGGGAAUCGACUGUUGCAAUUAGCAACUGAAACAUCUCUUAUAUCUUCUCGACAUUAUCGAGUAUAGUGUUUGCAUGCCUAAUCAAAGAAACAUUAUUUAUUGUGCGCUGAACGGUUUAGUUUCAGUUCGAGCGUCGUUAUAACGAGUCGACUCUUCAAUUCGACAUUUCGGUUUUUAUCUAAAUGUGUUGGCAAAAAUCGUUUAAUUUCUAAAACAAUUAAAAGUAAGGAAACAUAGUCGUAAUUUCACUUGAGCUGCGCAUUAAGCUUAAUUACGGCAAUUAGAAAUUGAGGGUUAAAUAUAAAGAAAAAAUAUUUACAAUGGAACUGGUAGAGGUUGUUGAAAAUAAUAAUCCGGAAACUACUUCGGUAUGCAGCAAGCGCGAAAACGACGCAACUUAUGGAAUAGAUGAUAAUCCGCCAUGGUAUCUGUGCAUUUUGAUGGCAUUGCAGCAUUAUCUAACCAUGAUUGGAGCUAUAGUAUCCAUUCCGUUUAUAUUAACACCAGCUCUCUGCAUGGAAAAUGAAGAUCCUGCACGGGGUUCAAUAAUAUCAACAAUGAUCUUUGUGACCGGUAUCGUCACGUUUAUUCAAUGUACGUGGGGAUGUAGACUGCCACUUGUACAGGGUGGAACGAUCUCUUUUCUGGUUCCGACACUAGCCAUUCUAAGUCUACCAGAAUGGAAAUGUCCGAAUCCCGAUGAGAUGGCCAAAAUGACCGAAUUGGAAAAAACGGAAGUGUGGCAGAUUCGGAUGCGGGAAUUGUCCGGAGCCAUCGCUGUAUCAGCAUGUUUUCAAGUGUUCAUCGGAUACACUGGCUUGGUGGGCAAACUGUUGAAAGUUAUAACGCCGUUGACCAUUGUGCCAACAGUGUCACUAGUCGGUUUGACGCUGUUUCGACAUGCUAGCGAAACUGCCUCGACACAUUGGGGUAUUGCUGUUGGAACCACGGCAAUGUUGACACUUUUUUCACAAGUUAUGGUGAAUGUAAAAUUUCCCUACAUUGUCUAUCGGAAGGGUGCUGGAUUACAGUUUCGAUCGUUUGCGUUGUUUAAGUUGUUUCCGGUACUGUUAACGAUAAUAAUCAUGUGGGGUAUCUGCAUCAUUCUCACUGCAACCGAUGCGUUGCCUGAAGGACAUCUUGCUAGAACCGAUGUCCGAAUACGUGUGCUGCGAGACGCACCAUGGUUUUACAUUCCGUAUCCUGGUCAAUUUGGUCUUCCUACUGUCACAAUUGCAGGCGUUCUGGGUAUGUUAGCCGGUGUUUUGGCUUGUACAGUCGAAUCGAUAAGUUAUUAUCCCGUGACUGCACAAAUGUGCAGCGCGCCACCGCCACCAUUACAUGCUAUCAACAGAGGCAUCGGAACAGAAGGUCUGGGUACAGUUCUGGCAGGUUUGUGGGGCUCGGGUAAUGGAACAAAUACGUUUGGUGAAAAUGUUGGUGCCAUUGGAGUUACAAAGAUAGGUAGCCGUCGAGUCAUUCAAUGGGCUUCAUUGAUAAUGGUCAUUCAAGGUGUUAUCAGUAAAUUUGGCGCACUGUUCAUAAUGAUCCCAGAUCCAGUCGUUGGCGGAAUAUUCUGUGUCAUGUUCGGAAUGAUAACAGCUUUCGGUUUGUCGGCGCUACAAUAUGUCGAUUUGAGAUCAUCGAGAAACCUGUACAUUGUCGGCGUAUCGAUUUUCUUUCCACUUGUCCUGUGCCAAUGGAUGCAAGAACAUCCCGGAGCAAUCAACACGGGUGUUAAAGAGUUGGAUGGUACGUUGUCAGUUCUGUUAGGAACAACCAUAUUGGUUGGUGGUUGUCUGGGAUGUGUACUCGAUAAUUUGAUUCCGGGCAGUCGAAGCGAACGAGGAUUAGAUGCAUGGGAGAAGGAAAUGUCGUUGAAGAGCGAUGUUAGAUUAGCCGGCGAAACAUCUACAUACGAUUUUCCAUACGGAAUGAGCAUCCUCUACAGAUAUAAAUGGACAGAGCGUAUACCCUUCUUUCCAACAUAUAAAACUGCAAAGGAUUGAGCUCUAUCGAAUAGUUUAUUUUUUGUUUGAAUAAAUUGUGAAUGUGUGUACGUAGGCGUGAUGAGUUAGUGAAUUUUAACAAAAAAAAUUUGUUUUGUUGAUGAUCCUGCUGCUGUUUUAAAUAGUCUGAAGCUACAGACAUCAUUCACAAAUUUUUGUGCUGGCACGAGAUAUAUGUCUAUCGUUCUUAGGUCAAUUGCUCAAU